AUGGAAAAGGAUGAACUUGAUUUGAAAGAAGAGCUUAAAGAACUUAAAGAGCUUAAACGACAAGAAUUGAAGAAAAGAAGAAAUAGAGAAGAUGGAGGAUCCAAAGAGGGCAAGAUAAAGCCUAAUGCAAUCUACCUAUCAAAUCUUGAAAAGCAAAAUACUACAGAAGAUCAAUUGAUAGAUGAGUUCUCGAAAUUUGGUGCCAUUAAGAGGGAUCAAGCCGGUGUACCAAAGUGUAAGCUUUAUAAAGAUGAUGAAGGUAAAGUUAAGGGAGAUGCGCUGAUAGUUUAUGCUAGACAUGAAAGUGUUCCUAUUGCAAUUGAGAUGAUGAAUGGAUAUAAAUUGAAUGGGUUUGAGAUCAAGGUGGAAGUAGCCCAAUUUCAAGAUAAGAAACGUAAAUUGGAAGACUCGAACGAUGAGGAAAGAAGUUAUAAAUCAGUGAAGUCUCAUAAUAAUGAAGAGAAUGUACCGAAGCCUCCCGUGGUAGUAAUUGGAAAUAUUUUAGAUCUCUAUGAGGACUAUCAUGAACAAGAAUUGGAUGAUAUUAAAAGAGAUAUUUUAGACGGAUGUCUUGAAAUAGGUUUUGUGAAAAAGAUCGAUUUAAAUUCAGUUACUGGGGAGGCAGAAGUAAGUUUUGAAAAUGAAAGUCAUGCCCGUAACUGUUGCAAGGAGAUGAAUGGUAGAUUUUUCGAUGGAAGAAGAUUACUUGUAUAUAUGAAGGGAGAGGAGGACGAAUCGCCUAGCGAUGAUGAGAGUCAACGAGACUCAUCAGAAGGUGACGAUCUACUUGAAUAA